GACAGAUCGAAGCUGUUCUUCACCCAAUGCAAGAGCACAAAUCGAUAAAAGUUAAGUUAACUUAUUAAUCCAUUGCAGAAUCGUAAAAUUGUUUAAAAUAACUAUAUCAAGUUUAAGUAUUCAUCAACGGUAUAAUUUCUAGUGGCUGUUGUUGAGUAAAACCCUCGAGGGUUUUACAGCACCGAAAAAAUGCGGCUGCAUAUUGCAUUCUUAGUAGCGGCAUCAUUGUGCCUGCUACAGAAACCAUUUGCAGCAGCUGAAAACUUUGAAGAAAAUGAUUUUGCUGAGUUCGAAGAUUUCGAUGAAGAUGAGUUUAUCGUGGGAAACACAGCCAGUGACGGUCAACAACCAGGUAGUGUUGAUUCGAAUUCUAAUUCAGGGAAAGCCAACAUCAAUGCCAACACAGCUCAGGACAAUGAUAAUGAUUUUGCCGAAAUUGAUGAUAACGAUGAAGAUGAAGCCGUAGUUGAAGAUGAAGAGAACGAGUUCGAACACUUCCAAGAUGAAGAGGAAUUUGAAGGUUUCCCUGCUACGAUGGGUGAUCAGGAUGAAGUUAAAUUGGCAGAUACAAAGAAAUCAGAGCCCAAGUUGACGAUGGCCAAGGUACCAAUGCACUUUAGGACCCAUUGGGAUUCUUACUGGUUGGAAAUGUUGAUGCUUGCCGGUUUGUUGGCAUAUUUUGCAAAUUACUUGUACGGCAACAAGAAAAAUUCAACUAUCGCCAGCUUGUGGCUUUCAACCCAUAAAAGCUUACUGGAGGAUAACUUUGUGCUCGUCGGCGACGAUGGUAAGAAAGAAACCGAAGCCUCUACAUUCAGCUUCAUCAAGGAAAGCGAAAGCAUUUAUACACUAUGGUGCAGUGGACGCACUUGCUGUGAAGGUAUGUUGGUAGAGCUAAAAAUGAUUAAACGACAAGACCUCGUUUCAUUGAUUGCCGGAAUAAUGAAGCCCGUUCACGAUCAGUUACAUAUCAAAGUUGAAAUGUCGCCCGAUUCAAUGGAUAAUUUUGUAUUUUGCGUCGCUAAUAAGAAGCAGGCUACAAAAAUGUUCAAAGAAAUGAAUGAUUUGAGCAAAUUUUGCACGCUAGUCAACAAAGCUGAUGAAAAGUACAACAUGCCUGGUUACUCAUUGUUAUCGGAAGUUGCCGAAGCAUCUUCUAGUUUGUUAGAUAGUAGACUGAUAGCAGCUUUGAAUAAGUAUUCACACCUAAUUGAGUAUAUUCACGUUUCGGAUCAGUUUAGUGGACCAGUUCAACAAGACGAUCCCAACACCCUGAAACAACCCGAAGUCAAACGCAUCUUGCAUUGCGGUUUCAACAUGCCCGCUAAAAUUGAUAUGGAAGAGAUGAAGCCACUGCUGAUUCUUGUGCUUUAUCUCAUGGAACGUAUCAAGCGCUUUCGUUUAUCCAAAGAGGGUAAAUCAAAGUCUGACAAAAACCGCGCCCGAGUAGAGGAGGAAUUUAUGAAAAAUACCCAUGCAGCCCGUGCCGAAGCUGCAGCCCAACGUCGCGAGGAGAAGCGUAAAGCCGAAAAGGAAAAGGUAUUGGCCAUUGAUGAUCCGGACAAGCAAAGACGCUGGGAAGAGAAGGAAAGAAAACGUCUCGAGAAGAAGCGUCCUAAAAUGAAGCAACUCUCGAUUAAGGCACUUUAAGACGAUCAAAUGUAGAGAAACUGUUCACAGUUUUCUGUGGACAUUUCACAACCUCAUGGUUAAGAUAGUAGGUAAAAUCAUUCAUAUUAGAUAAAUCCACUGUCAUUUUCUUGUGGUUAGUAGCGAACUGUGUAGUAACGGUAAUAUAAAAUAAAGAAUUAUUGAUUGCCACGUU